AAUUUCAAUAUUUCUGUACAUACAUACUUUUGUGCCAAUUGAAUUUAACCCCAAAUUAUGUUCUGAUAAUUUGCUAAGCCUACCAUGGAUCUUGCCAGGCUACUUUGUGCACUUGGGCUUUUAGUUUUGGUUCUGCCUGAGCAACUGAAGGCAGUGAAUGCUGGGGCUGUUGGCAGUUCUAGGAGUUGUGGGUUUCCAGCAAUAUAUAACUUUGGAGACUCAAACUCUGAUACAGGGGCAAUCUCAGCAGCCAUAUCUGAGGUUCCUCCUCCAAAUGGUGAAAGCUUCUUUGGACAUCCUUCUGGCCGCUUUUCUGAUGGUCGUCUUAUUAUAGAUUUUAUAGCUGAGAAAUUGCAGUUACCAUACCUCAGUCCAUACCUGGACUCACUUGGGACCAAUUUCAGGCAUGGUGCAAAUUUUGCAACUGGUGGUUCAUCUAUUAGGCCGGGCGGCUACAGCCCAUUUCAUCUUGGCAUUCAACUUUCCCAGUUCAUAAGAUUCAAGUCUCACAGCAUUGCUCUCUAUAAACAACUUAGUUCAAACAGAAGACUUCCUAGGCCUGAGGACUUCUCGAAAGCUCUGUACACAUUUGAUAUUGGUCAGAAUGAUCUUGCCUACGGUCUUCAACACGGGACGGUAGAAGAAGUUAGAGCCUCCAUUCCUGCAAUCCUGAGCCAAUUGUCCCAAGCAAUCUCUCAACUAUACAAGGAAGGAGCAAGGUUUUUUUGGGUGCAUGACACAGGCCCACAUGGGUGCUUGCCCUAUAGUGUCAUCUAUGAUGAAUCAAAGCCUGUCAAUCUGGACCAGAGUGGCUGUGUGAAGCCUCUGAAUGAGGUGGCUCAGGAGUUCAAUCGGCAACUUAAGGACAGCGUAUCACGGUUAAGAUCAGAGCUCCCUCUUGCAGUAUUUACAUACGUCGAUGUGUAUUCAGCUAAAUAUGCACUGAUUAGCAAUGCAAAAAGUCAAGGUUUUGUUGAUCCAUUUGACUUCUGCUGUGGCAGUUACUAUGGCUAUCAUGUUGACUGUGGAAAGAAAGCCAUAGUGAAUGGAACCGUCUAUGGUAAUCCUUGUAAAAAUCCAUCAAGACAUAUUAGUUGGGAUGGCAUACACUACUCUCAGGCAGCAAACCUGUUGAUUGCUGAGCGCAUUCUCAAUGGCUCAUUCUCCAACCCCCCUGUUUCAGUCACUGAGGUUUGUCGUCUCUCCAAGAAUGUAUGAACACCAUGCCAGAGUCAAUAACCACGGUUUGUUUGAUUAAAAUCGUUAGCUGUGAUAAUUGUUUACAUUUUUGGCAUUAGUGAAGGUUUGUUUUAGCCUUUUAAGUGAUUUGUCCACAAGGAAACUUUAGAUCAGAAGUACUUUUGAAAAAAGGGAAAGAGCAGUGAGCCACCCAUAAAUACCCUCCAUUAAUUUCAGAUGUUCAUUCACCUCAAAGACAAUUGCUGCCCAACUACUCGAUAAGCUAUGACUUUUGAGGCUUCGAAGACAAAUAAGCCAUUUUAGUUACUCUGAAAGCACACACAUAUAUGUAGUAAGAAGCAAUUGAAGUUGUCAAACAGGCAUUUCGGUGCACCAACAAAAGAAAAUGAUGCUCCACCAAUUCUUUAUUGAGUAUUGACAUUGAGACAUACAAAGAAGAAUCUGACAAAGGAAUUUUAUCACGUCUAGAAACAAUUGAAGCAAUAACAAGCAAACCUUUUUCUUUUGACACUUACAAAUAUUGGAAUUAUUAAACUCAUACCAGAAUCUCUUUCCUGCUGUCAUUCACUUAUUCUUUAAAAAUUUCCAAGACCACCUAACAAUCGCAAACCAACUAAACCUCUACUAGGACAUCCUUUACAUAUACGAGCCUAUAUACUUGAUUGCAUCAUAAUACCUCAAUGAUGUCAUUUUCUAUGAUUCUGGAGUUGGCAGUGUCAAGAAGAGUCUCUAAUGAUCUGGGUUUCCUGCUCCGAACCCUGCCUGCUUCUUUCAACAACUCAGCCAACCUCCGCUUCUCAUCGGCCACAUCAGGAUUUGCCGUUCCAAGUUUCUCUUCUCUCAUGCCAACAACAUAUUCCAGAAUUUCAAUGGCAUCAUCCAAUCUGUGUUGGUUACAAAAGAGACAUUAAAGAGUUAAAGCA